UUAAAAUCACCAUUUUUGAAAAGAAUAUUGCUGUUUUUCAAUAAAUUAAUGUGUUCGAAGUUCGGGUUGCCGCAUUCCGUAGAAUCUAUUGUCUCGCUCUUACUCGCUUAUUUAAUCUUGCUUUCUCGCUUACUCUUUGUAAAUUCCACUUGUUCCAUUCGUUCUGACAUUCAAACAUUCAUUCAAAAAUCAGCUGUCAAUUCAAUGCACUUCACUUCACUCACAUGUCAUUGUUUUGGUUUUGCUUGUAUCAAAGGCGUGUAUUAAUCGUACUUAUCAUACUGUUUUCGUGUUUUCCUUGAUACGCCCAAAGAUCCUUUUUACAUGUUUAAGUUUUGCACGUAGAAUAAUGUAAAUAAGUUUAUCUAAUUAUGGGAAAAUAUAGUUAUGAAUAAUGCCUGUCAAAGUAGUAACAGCUGAUUUCUGUAGCAGAGGCAGAGGUGCAAUAAUAAAAUAAAAAACACUGCAAUAGUGAUUAGUACUUAUCGAUUGUGAUUCGUUGUGAUAUGAUAUAGUUUGUCAAAAUGCUUCAUUAUAUUCUGAUAAUAUUAUACAUUUGUGCUUCUAUAAACGCUGAAGAAGUUCAAGAAUCAACAUUUAUAAUAUCCUUAAACAACACAUAUUCCAAUGACGAGCUCUACAGCAGCGUAAUUGAUAUAAAAAACAAAUCUAAAACCCACUUUCAAUUCACUGAUGUUAAUAAAAACAUCUCCUUCAUUGUCUUACAAGCACAUAGUCAUCUAUACAACAUAACUAUGCGGAAUGAAACAUGUUUCAACGAUAACAAGUCAAAUCAUACCUGUGAGAUAUUAACUGGGACGAACUUAGGUUUAUUCAGCACAACACCUAUAUCUGACAUGUCGGUGACUAAUUUGAAUGAAAAGGAUUUGAAAAUAUUAAUAGCGGUCCAUGGAUACAUUUAUGAUGAUCCAGUACCCGGCGGUUGCAAUUUAGAAGGCCCCAUAGAAACACCGCCAUUCGUUUCAACAAAUACAUCACCUUACAGAGACUACAUUAGCGUAACCGCUCCAGCGCCUAGCCCUAGCUUAGCUCCCGAUAUGUGCGAACAAAGUUUCAAUAGUUUAACAUUCUACAGAUUAUACUUGCCUGAAAGGGAUUUUAGUAUGGACUCGUACUUCGGGGGAAUAAAAGCUAUGAUGAGCUAUCCUAGUGUUUUGGAGUAUGGUGAAGAGAUACCCGAAACUCAUCGAUCAAACGUCCGCCGUACUAUGAGCGCGUACCCCGGGACAGGGGCAGUAUUCGUCGCAGUAGCACUGUUUAUGAGUUAUAAUGGCACUGAAAAUCCAACACCGCGGUGGUCUAUAUAUGUACCCACUGUUACGUAUGUCUGCUCGCCUUUGGUGGAGGACGACUGCCUAUUGCUCGGUGAUCUGCUAUCCCAAGUCCUUUGCGCGUCUCUCCUCUUCGUGGGCCUGUUUGUGUGCUACUUUGGGCACAAGUUCUUCAAGACGGAGAUGUUCAUGUUCGGGAUGCUGAGCGGAGUCAUCAUUACUUACAUACUGAUCUCGCUAAUUGCUGAGAUGGAGCAAGCCCCUCUGAUUGCUGCAUCGUUUGUCUCCGGGAUCCUGUUCGGUUUCAUCUGGCUGACGUUCUGGUGGUUCUACGGCAUUCCUGUGUUCUCCGUGCUUCUGGUCACCCUGUCUUUCGGCUUCUUUGCUGCUUGUGUCCUGUACCAUCAAAUUCCGGGUGGCUUGACAAUGCUGCUUGAAGACCUAAACUUCUGGACCCUUUUCAUCCUGGUGAUGCUCCUGACAGCUGUCAUUCUGACACCAGCUACGUACCCAGCGAACAUCCUCUGUUGCGCUGUGCUUGGCGCGUACGCGGCUAUAUACCCUAUUGACUACUGCUUAGGGUCCAAUUUGAAGUACAUCAUCAUUAACACUGUGAGACGAGCUACUGUUGACAAAUUUCACUAUGCUGUGCUGGCGCCGCCUUUUGAGAAAAAUGAUGCCCUGAUAAUUCUCCUAUGGGUGAUGCUGGCCGUAACUGGAUUUCUGUUCCAACACUACCACAACCGCGGGAAGCCCCCCUUCCCUCCCCCGCCGAGGAACAUUCGAGAGAGCCCCGAGGGUUACGGCUCUAUCACCCCUUACACACGUUUGAGUGCUGCUUCGGAUCCACCUCUGCGGUCCACAGGCAACCUUACAAGCAACGAAAACACCUCUUUACUGGCCUAAAAUAUAUGCCAAUAGGUAUAUGUCAUUCUUAAAGCUUAUUUUCAUAUAUCCUUAUUUGAUAAUUAUCGCUAUUUGAUCUCGCCUUUGAACGUAACAAAAUAUGUAUGUUUAACCUAUGAACUGCGUGGAGUCUCUAUUAUUUCCCAUAUAGUUCUAAGUCAUAAUGUAUUGUUUGCCACAUUUUCGUUAGUCAUAAUUUGGUUUUUCUCAGAAACGCGUAACUUUUCAGGAUUGCCAUAAAACAAACCUAACCUAACCUAUCUAUAGGAUAACCUGAAGAAAAUCCUGAAAAACUAAUGGUUUCAGAAUUACGACUAAUGAUAAUAUGACAAUCAUUACAUUAUGACUUUCAAUAAAAUUUUGCCAAAAACACUAAUAUGUAAUAGGUAUAUUAGCAAUAGUACAUUAUGAUACAAGUGUGCUAAGUUGGUCAUUACACACGAGGCGAUAUUGUGCGCGCGAGCUGUAAGCGAGCGCUCAAUAAGAAAGCCGAUGUGUGUAAUGACCAAUGCACACGCGUUUCAUACGACGUUUUUCAACACACUUGCGAGAAAAAAAAGAAACUUUCAUAUUAAUCAAAUUUUAAUAGCUAAAACAUUUAGUAUUGUGUGUUGCAUCUGUCAUACUCGUACUGCCGGCCGGCCCUCGCUCGCCGGCUCAAGAGGAGCGCGCCGGUGCCCGCCAGUCCGACCAAUUAAAGAAGGCUCCCUUUCCAUGCAUAUUAUUAGCAAUUAGUUAGCUUCUUAACUCAGUCGGAUAAUAUAAUGAAAAAGCACGAGUGGAAUAAUACACUGAAAGAGCACGCGUGUUUAAUAUCUAGGAUUAUGAGCCAAAAAUCGGUGAAAUAAAAACGUCGUUUUGAGCAAGUGUGUUGAAAAAGACUUUAUUAUUACCUACAGUGGGUAUUGUAUUGAGUUAGGUUAUCCCCACCUAUCGAUGCAGAAUGGCAUAAGCCGAUUGAAAAAAGCUUUUAAGUCUGCACAAUAACACCUAAAAAGACGGUUUUUGUAUUUUGAAAAGUUUUUUUAACAAAACAAUUACAAAAUAUUUAGAACACAACGGAUAACCGUUAACUCAAGUAUAAACUCACUUGUAUUUUUAGUCGCUAUUACAUAAAUAAUAAUUACAACAACAAAUAAAAAUUAAUUAACUAAAUAAUUUCUUUAAAUAUCUUAGUUCUUACUGCAUAAGCAAGUAUAUUUUACGUUACGAUUCUAUGUAGUAUAACCUUUUUAAGGUUAAAUUUUAUUUAUUUACUGUAAUAAUAUGUUAAAAAGGCUAAAGCGCAAAAUUGCAAAUAUCUUUAAAUUAUGGAAAAUUUGGUAUUUUUGUAUUGUUUUGUUUUACUACUAAAUUUUAUUCCUAGUGUUACCAAAUAUUUUAAAUCUUUAAGACUGUUGUCAUUUGUGAUAAAAUAUAUGUAUGUAUGGUUGUUAGAAAUAAUGUACAUAUAACCAAAUCAGUUACAUUGUCCAUAGUUAUUAAAACCUUAACCAUACAUUUUUGAGGAGUAAGUCAUCGGUUCAGAGGUUUAGGCGUGAAGAGGUAACAGACAGACACACUUUGGCAUUUAUAAUAUUAGUAUGGAUGGAUAUUGAUCUUAGCACUCAUUUUUUUUAUACUACGUCGGUGGCAAACAAGCAUACGGCCCGCCUGAUGUUAAGCAGAUCACAUUUCACAUUAUUUCUAUUAUUGAUGGUAUUGGUGUUAUAAAAAUCCUUAGCUGAAAAUAUCUUUUAUUUAUUUUACUUUUAUGUAAGUUUACUUUAUUUAAGUUUAAGUUAACCAGACCGUGUAUAAUAUAUAUUUAUUUAAUAUAUAUUUGUUUAGACCGUGUAUUUAAUACCCUGCAUUUGUUGAAUAAACACAAAAAAAAACUGAAAUCCCAAUCCAUUUAAAAAUAAAGAAUUGGCACUAUAGCAAAAGAUUAGCCAUUCAAAUCAAACGCAGUUUGAGGGAUGGACAGACAACAUCUAAACCAAUUAUGUGCGUAGAUAAUCUGAAUUGUUUGACAGAGGGGCUGCGUGUUUCGGAUAGAAUUCCAUUAGGGUGCCGGCUCAGAACUAGUGUAAUGCACAAAACACAAAUCAUCUCUACUGGGGGCCUAGUCAAGAUGAUAAUCACAGAUUUAUUAUAUACGCUAGAUGACGCAAAUACCACGAUUUGUAUUCAAACCAAGCGUGCCGACUUUUUCAUACAAAAUUUAUAAGUAAUAUAAUUUUAAAAUUACAUAUCUGUGAUAGGAAAUAUGUUCCUGCCUUUGGGUGCUCGCAAUUUUUGGGCUUUUGCAGUUAAUUAUCAUGCAACGAAGCAUUUAAGUUUUCACGGACGUCCGGCUGCAACAACUGAUGCGCGUGGACUGUAAAGAGCGACGGUCAACCUCGACGCUUGGUCGGGGUUCGGACACGCGAAGUAGAUGCACUUGCGUCUUCUAUGGUAUAUUUAUUUCCGUGAUGACAAUUAUACAACAAACGCGUAAUAGUCACGUGACUAUUACCAUAUUAUUAGUUUCAGUCACUUGGCUAGUCCCCCUAAUAUGCCGAAAAAAAAAGUUUCCAAGAUUUCGAAAUAUCCACAUGGAAUAAUUUCGGAAAAAUCUCAUAUGGGGAACGUAAAUCUUUGUAUUUUUGUGUAGUUUUCAAGCAAAAUGGCAUGCAUUGUGAAUUGAUCAGGUGGUAGCAGUAAAUGAACAGUCAGCUGCAAAGAGAGGUGACCCUCAUCGACUAUCGUCAAUGUACCUUUUGACUGAAAACGUCACAUUUUAGUUAAAGUUUUAAAUAAUGGUUGUUAUUUAAUGAUUGAGUGUUCUCUGUUAUUCGCUGUAUACUUUAAACGCAUGUUAUUUAUAUUUUUUGUCAUUGUUGAAUAUAAAAUGUUAACAUUAUGGGUACAUUCUGAAUCUUAAUCUGAAAUAUCUGUAUUCGACCUACUAAUCAUACUGUCCAGCCCAGAUUUUUAUUAUAUCUCUAAGUUUGUGUGUUGAAGUAAUUCUAUUUUUAUUCAACCAUUGAUAUAGGUGAUACUUUACUAUAUACUAGACUAUAUUGAAUCAUUUUCUACUGUACUAACAGUAAGCAAGAUGCCUUGGUAAGAUUUGUAGUAGCGUGUGUUGCUGAAGUGUGAAGUGCUUCUGAAGUAACCCUAAUGCACCUUAAAUUGAAUGUUCCCAUAUAUUUACAGUUGUGUAUUAAGUUUUAUUUACCGUUCACCUACUAGAUAGGCUAUUCAAACUCAAUUGCUAAUUCAAUAAAUUAUUUUUCUAUAA